AUGGACCUCAAACCCGACAUGAAGGACUCGCACAAAAAGGUGAGAAUUUCAAAGCAGUUUUUACAGUUCGAUGGUGUCAUCUCUCUCCUUAGGCAUUAUGUCGUCAGAGGCCCAGAGAAAACACCGUAUGAAGGAGGAUAUUAUCAUGGAAAACUGGUGUUUCCCAGAGAAUUCCCGUUUAAGCCCCCGAGUAUCUACAUGAUCACACCCAACGGACGGUUCAAGUGCAACACGAGGUUGUGUUUGUCCAUCACAGACUUCCAUCCUGACACAUGGAACCCGGCCUGGUCAGUGUCCACCAUCUUGACGGGUCUCCUGAGCUUCAUGGUGGAGAAGGGCCCCACUCUGGGCAGCAUCGAGACCUCCGACUUUACUAAACGUCAGCUGUCAGCUCAGAGUUUGACCUUUAACCUGAAGGACAAAGUCUUCUGUGAGCUGUUCCCAGAUGUUGUGGAGGAGAUAAAGCAGAAGCAGAAGGCCCAAGAGGAACUGAGCUGUCGCACUCAGCCUCUCCCCCUCCCCGACGUCGUUCCUGACGGAGACCCCCAACACGCCCACUACCCCCCCGCCCUCAACGGACCCGCAGUGCCCCCUAUGCCCGGGGCCGCCAACAACAACAAUAACAACCUCCACAACCAGGCCAACCGCAACCACGGACUACUAGGAGGCGCUCUGGCUAACCUUUUCGUCAUCGUGGGCUUUGCAGCAUUCGCGUACACUGUCAAGUAUGUUCUUCGGAGCAUAGCGCAGGAGUGAGGGAGAGAGCGAGCAGACUCUGAAAAAAAAUCUAAUAAAAAUAGACUCUCCUUCGUCGUCUCCACUUGGACUUUGUAAAACUCCAGCUGAAGCGGUGUGAGCGAAGGAGAGAGGGGCUGUGAGCGGAGGGGGAGGGGCUGCACACAGAGAAGGGAGGGGGGG